AUGAGAAGGGCACCGAACGUAGAACCGGUUCCGCAAUCCAGCGGCGUUCUCGGCCCAAGAGGGGCUGCUGCCCUCUCCAAAGAGGAAGUCCUGGCAACACGGCUGGGUGCUCCGCGGACAUUCUGGCGAGCCAGCUCGCCGCAGGCAGAUCCACGAACUGGGACAACGAUCUCACUAAGCCUUAGGAGUGCCCGCGGGAGACGGGCGUGGUCCGCGAACCCAAGCACCCUCGGUGACUGGGGCGGCUAACACAUUCGAAAGAAUCACCGUUUUGCCCUUGCAUAGAGGUAACAGGAGUGAAGCCCACCUCAGGCAACAGAGGCUUCUUGUUAUAGUCUCGCGCGUGCACCCUCGGGAAAAAAUAACUUACCGCGACAGCAGGGGCAGGUGCCGCAGCAAAAGACGGAGCCAAAG